CAACCUUCCCAUUCCAUUGCAAAACAAUACCAGAAGAAUCCAAUUUUGCAGAGCCCCCUAGGGCAAAACUUCUCUCUCUCUCUCUGUCCCGUUUUCGCUUUCAUUUCUUCUUAAGGUAGCCAUUUCUAUUUUCCACAAUGUCGCUAAAGAAAUCCAUAGCAGUGCGUCUCUUUGCUUUCUCAAAACUAUCCAACCAAUACAUAACCAAUUGCCGCAUUUUCUCUUCUCUCCAAGCCCGAAUCCGCCAACAUCCUGGUCAUCCCCUCAUCAGACCCGACCACCCUGGAGAAUCCGGCACUUUCCGACGAUUAUUUCACAAACCUGCCAUUUUCUCGCCUGAGCUCCGGCAACUGCCGUUCGGAGAGGGGUUGAUUGAUAAAAUCCGGGGUUAUGACAUCAUGAGGGACAGGAUCCGGUUGGAUGGUCUGACUCCGCCUCCCGAAGUGGCGGCUGAGGAGGGUUUGACGGUGGAGGAUGCCAGGAAGUUGUUGAAGGCGGCUCAGGUGGAGGGUGUGAAAUUGAAGCUGAGAGGGAUGGAGAAAACGUGGAUUAGUUAUUCGGAGUUUGUUCGGGUGUGCAGUGAGAGUUGUUCGGAUCUUGAGAAUGGUAUUCUGGUAGCAAGGAGUCUUGAUGAAUCUGGGACUGUUGUUGUCCUUGGAAAUCUUGUUUUGCUAAAACCAGAGCAGGUAUUGAAAGCAGUUGGAGGCCUAAUUCCAUUACCAGCAACCAACCCCAGUGAUCCAAGAAGAAGGGAGCUGCAAGAAAUGGAGAAACAGAAAGCUCUAAUUGAUCAGAAGGCCAGGGCUCUGGUUCGCCGGGAACUGUGGGGUGGCCUUGUUUUCUUAGUUGUUCAGACCGCUGGAUUCAUGAGGCUGACAUUCUGGGAACUUACAUGGGAUGUCAUGGAGCCCAUCUGCUUUUAUUUGACGUCAAUCUAUUUCAUGGCUAGCUAUGCCUUCUUCCUCAGGACAUCAAUGGAGCCUUCUUUCCAAGGGUUCUAUCAGAGCAGGCUUGUAGCCAAGCAGAAGCAGCUCGCGAAACUCUACAAUUUUGAUGUGAAGAGGUACAGUGAGCUCCAGAAAGUUUGUUGCCCGCAUUCAUCAUCUCUGGAGCAGAUCCAAGCAAUCACUUCAUUUGAUCAAGCUGGGAAAAUAUGCUAAACCGUUGAUGGCAAUAGAGAAAUUAACGUAUACAAUUUUGUUGAAGAACCUCUAGGCAGUAUUAGGCAGGGAGCUGCUUGGUUACCAUGGCAGAAGCUUUAUAAAUUGUCCCCCACCAUCAGAAAGAAUUUAGAGUGUCUAGAAAUAUUUGUUAUAGUUGGUAAAUCAAAAUUUCGUUGCGUUUUA